GUUUCGGGCUAUUGUUGUCACAUGGUGGAGGCUGUCAUGUCUCUUUGACGGGCAGACAGAUGGGUGGGAUCCCUAAAUGGAAACUCUGACCCACCCACUGCACUUAAAUACACUCAAAACUGGGACUACUGGUAGCUACACGCACCAGGAACACACCGAAAUUCUAUUUUGUGUUUUAGACCAUGAGCUACCCAGGAUACCCCCCUGCGACAGGUGGAUACCCUCCACAGCCUGGGGCUUACCCUCCACAACCAGGGGCUUACCCACCUCAGCCUGGAGUUUACCCUCCUCAAGCUGGAGGCUACCCACCGCAGCCAAGUGGCUACCCUCCCCAGCCUGGGGCCUAUCCUCCACAGGCUGGCGGUUAUCCUUCACAGCCUGGCGGAUACCCUCCACAGCCUGGAGCAUACCCGCAGGCACCACCAGCAGGCAGUUGGGGAGGUGGCCCUGUAGGUGGUUAUCCCUCCAUUGGUCUUGGUGACUUGUCCAACCCUGGAUACCCUGGCAUGGCCACCCAGAACUCACCCAUGGGGGGAUAUCCUCCAAACCCAGCCAUGUAUCCUCCAACCCCUGCCCUUGGGGGGUAUCCACCUGCCCCGUAUCCUGGGGGUGGUGGUGCCCCUCCUUUUCCUAACCAACAGUCAUAUGGCCUGUACCCACAGCCAGGAGGACCCCAAGCACCAGGAAUGGGCUAUCCUGGUCAGCAGCCACAGCCUAUGCCUGGAUACCCUCGUGCACCCUCACCCAAUCCACCCAUGCCUGGGUUUGGAGGAGCACCAGCACCAGGACCCAUGCCGGGGUACCCAAAGGCCCCAUCGCCAAAUCCAUCCAUGCCAGCAUAUGGAGGAGGAGCCAUGCCAGUAGCACCACCUAUUAAUAGAGGAUUCAGGGGAACAAUCAAGGAUUUUCCUGGAGCUGACCCCCUCAGAGACGUGGAGGUCCUUAGGAAGGCCAUGAAGGGCUUUGGAACUGAUGAGCAGGCUAUUAUCGACUUACUGGGGAGUCGCUCCAACAAGCAGCGUGUGGUUCUGCCUCGGUCCUACAAAACCUCCUAUGGGAAGGACCUGAUUAAGGACCUGCAUUCAGAGCUGUCUGGGGACUUCAGGAAGCUGGUCAUGGCCAUGUUAAAGACCCCAGCUCAGUUUGAUGCCCAUGAGCUCAACAGUGCCAUCAAGGGAGCUGGAACUGAUGAAGCCUGUCUGAUAGAGAUCCUGUCUUCUCGUUCCAAUGCUGAAAUUAAGGAGAUAUGCCUCGUUUACAAACAAGAAUUUAAGAAGUCACUGGAGGAUGCCAUCAGUGGUGACACCUCAGGCCACUUCCGAAGGCUCCUGAUUUCCCUCGCCCAGGGUAAUCGUGAUGAACGAGAAAACGUGGAUAUCUCUCUGGCCAAACAAGAUGCUCAGGCCCUGUAUGCUGCUGGAGAGAACAAACUGGGAACUGAUGAGUCCAAAUUCAAUGCCAUUCUGUGUGCCAGGAGCAAAUCCCAUCUCAGAGCAGUGUUUCUUGAGUACCAGCGUAUGUGUGGCAGGGAUAUUGAAAAGAGCAUCAGCAGGGAGAUGUCUGGAGACCUCGAGAGUGGCAUGCUGGCAGUGGUGAAGUGUAUUAAGAAUACACCUGCCUACUUUGCUGAGAGACUUUACAAGGCCAUGAAGGGAGCUGGGACCAAGGACAAAACCUUGAUCAGGAUCAUGGUCUCCCGUUCUGAGGUAGACAUGCUGGAUAUCCGUCAGGAGUACAUCAAAAAUUAUGGCAAGUCGCUGUACACGGACAUCUCUGGGGACACAUCAGGAGACUACAAGAAACUCCUUUUAAAGCUCUGUGGAGGCAGUGACUGAAAAGGUCCACCAUAUCUACUGCAAUAUUAUAUUUUCUUCAUUUCUGCUUUUUGCACUUGUAUCCAAUCCACAUAAAGUAAUGCCGUGCCAAUGCUCUCAAUGCAAUCUGUACCUGCACUAGUUGUGAGAUCCUCAUGUAUUGCUGUUUCUUCUGUACAUGUAGAAUAUGCAAAAGUGUUUUAUAUUUUUUCAUUUGAUGCCUUUACCAGACAUUGAAGUUAAAUUUAUCAUAUGGCCAUACUCUACUUUUUUUAAGUGACAACCUACGAAUUUCAAGAGAACUAUAUUUUGAGUAUAUUUUACCAAUAUUAUCAUCAUGAUAUCAGGCAUUGCAGUCAGCUACUUUUAAUGUUCAGUAAUGCUGAAAGGUGUAGGAUACCAUGCACCUAAAUACCAAAGGGUUUUUUUUAAGUUUGCAAUCAUGUUUACCGCACUCUGUUUUUUUUUUUUUUUUUUUUUUUUUUACAGUUUUACAACAGCUGUGCUGUAUUUGCAGCACAAUCUGUGAUUUGUAUAUGCCUGUUACCAUAUCAUAAAAAGUCAUAUUAUUACAUCUUGUAUCUUGCUGAUGGUAUUAAUUUUACUAUACACAGAAAUUACUCAGAACUCACACUGGGAGUUGUAGUCGUAGUUUACCUGUAGGGGGCAAUGAAGAGUCGUUUGCUUGUUUGUUUUUUUAUAUAAAGCCCUAUAAGAUCUUAACAGACACUCAGGUUUAAGGAAUGUGGUUGUCUUUAUAGUGCUAUAAUAUAAGAAAGCAUGAUCACAGCUGAAAUGAGUAUAAUCAUAUAAAAAUGAAUUGAUUCUUCUACACUGAGUAUGUUUUAAGUUUCACUGUUUGUUUCUUCAAUAAACGAAAUGGCGACUGCUAAA